UCGUCGCCAAAAGUCGUAGUCGUCGUCGUCGUCGUCGUCGUCGCUCCUUGCCCCGCACACGGCGCUCAACUGAAUCCGACUCAGAACUCAAAGUUUGCACAACGCUAUCCACACACACAGCAAAAGUCAUACCAGAAAUAUUCCCCACCGAUCGUGUAAUAUUCGGCAUCAAAAUCAUCGAAAUCUAACAACAAAUCUUUGUGUUAAGCUGUGAAUGUGUACCACAGAUCAUGAGAUCGAUUCAUCUAUUCAGAAGUUGGAAAUUAAGGCCUCAAUAUGAAGCGUAGGAAAAGCAGAAACAAAACGCCAAACGCCGAUUUUAAACGUUCCAGAGCUGGAGUCAUGUCAUGGGAUUGUUAUAUAAAGGUUCCAGACUCUUGAACAUAAUUCUGGAUUCCCUGGAAGAUCAAGAGGGUGGAGCUAUGUACAUAUCGUGCGAUGUCUCAAACGGAGGUCCCGUGGAACCAGAAACGGGCUAUGUGCCCAACAAUCCCUUAUUCGGCCUGGCGCUGGACAGUCCGCAGCAAGAGUGCGCUGCAUCCUGCGUCGGCUGCCUGUCCUGCCAAGGCAACACCGCCCUGCCCAUCUCAUCGCUCACCAGCAGCGACUUUGACUGCGGCGGCUGCUUCGAUCCCACCAUCGGUGUCGGCAUCGGCAUCGGCAUUGGCGGCGUCGGCGGCCACAUCCAGAUCAACACCACACCGCCGGCGAGCAGCGGCAGCAAUCUAACGGGCACGGGCGCCGGUAGCGGCGGCAAUAACGCCGGCAACGGCAGCAACAGCUACUGGAGCACCGACGAGAUGGCAUCCACAUUCCCCGGCCUGCCGCCCCUGGACAUUGAUCCGCUGCCCAGCCUGUUUCCCUUCUCACCGUGCGGCGCCUCCUACAACUUUGCGGGCAAUCCGCAUCAGGCCUCGCUCUCCUACACCGUCCAUCCCCACCAGAUGCUCAUCUCGCCCAACGGCGGCCAGCAGCACGGGCAUGGCAAUCACCAGUCGCAGCAUCAGCAUCAUCAGCACCAGCACCUGCACUCGCAACCGACGCAGAACCAGCCAUCACACGGCGGCAAUGCGCUCCUCCAGGGCAGUGGCUCCUCCAACGGCGGUGGCCCCGGCAGCGGUUCGUGCUACUAUGAGGCGGGACCCAGUGCACCCACAGCCGCAGCAGCCAUGUAUCCCAGCAUGAGUGUGAACGUCAGCAUGAACAUGACCAUGCACCACGGCUAUGGGGCAGCCGACGGCACGGGCGUGCCCAUGCAGUGCUCCCAAAUGAACUGGACGCCGCCGAGCAGCUCCUCUGCGGUGAAUGUGCUCUAUCCGCCGCUGCUGAGUCCCACCCACUACCCCGCCUCGGCCACGUACUCCUUCACGGCGGACUUUCGGGCGCCUGUGCCUACGCCCACGGCACUGGGAACUCUGCCAUCGCUCACAGUGGGUGACAAGGAGUCGCCGUCGCCGCCUGCCACCAGCACAGCCGCCGCUCUGGGCUACUAUGGCGCAGGUGUGGGUGGUGGGCAGAGCUACACGCCGCCACACAAGAGUCCCGGCAGUGGGUACCAGGUGGGUGCCUCAUCCCUGGGCCUGGGAUUGUCGGCCUUCGAUGAUGACGGGGAGGACAGCACCGAGGAUGGGGAGGGCAGCGCCGGCGGUGAUUUAAAGCCGAAUCUGUGUCGGCUGUGUGGAAAAACGUACGCACGGCCCAGCACACUGAAGACGCACCUACGCACGCACUCGGGGGAGCGGCCAUAUCGAUGUCCGGACUGCAACAAGAGCUUCUCCCAGGCCGCCAACCUGACGGCACACGUACGCACACACACCGGCCAGAAGCCGUUCCGCUGUCCCAUUUGUGAUAGACGCUUCUCGCAGAGCUCCAGCGUCACCACGCACAUGCGCACGCACUCCGGGGAGCGGCCAUACCGUUGCUCCUCCUGCAAGAAAUCCUUCUCGGACAGCUCCACCCUGACCAAGCAUCUGCGCAUCCACAGCGGCGAGAAGCCCUACCAGUGCAAGUUGUGUCUGCUCAGAUUCUCGCAGUCGGGCAAUCUCAAUCGGCACAUGCGCGUUCAUGGGAACAACAAUAAUAAUAAUAAUGGCAGCAGCAGCGGCAAUGGCAGCAACGGUGGUGGCAGCAGCAGCCUCCUCACAUGACAAAAGCCACGCAGUGCCGGCGGUUUUCAACACUAUCACCCCCCGCACCACCACCAGCACACAAAUCUACAUCAAGUGCACCACCAGCAUCCGGCACAUCAGCACCACCAUCACCACGCCCACGCCCACUCGCACAUGGGCAACUAUGACUACGGGAACUACAGCAUCGGCGAUUACACUCCACCCGGCGCCACACAAAACUAUUCAGGGUAUUAUUUCUGCGCACUCAACAAGCCGCCCAAGUUUGAGCGUUUCUACUAGAGCCACCCACACAUAGGUGAUGUAAUAGCGUAAUAUAAAUAUAAAUACAGUAAAAAAAUAUAGGUAGCAUCUACCUGGUACACGCCCAGGAACAAAGUUCCAUGAAAAUGGAACAAAUUCGCAGCUUGCAAAAACAAUUUUUCCAUUGGUUUCAGCAAGGAAAGUUCUGCAAAGAUUUAUUAACACUGAAAUUAAUGCAAAUAUUAAGGGUACCCUUGACACCGUUUCUGAUGGGAACUAAUCUUGAAAUCAAACGCAAAACAAAAUUAAUUCGCAUUUAAAAUAGAAUCCCAAAUUGUAUAAAAACGUUAACUAUGCAGAGAGCCCUCAAAGUUCCGCCCCAGAAUGCAGAAUGCAAAAUGCUCAAAUUGAAGUUUCUGUUGGAUCGAUGAGGAUAAUUAAACAAAUAAAACGACGGAUAAUGGUCUAGCUCUAAGUGCUUCACUGUACAUACAUACAUAUACAUAUACAUACACAUAUUGUAUUUAUUAUAUUCGCAUAGCAUUCAUUUAGAGUACACUCGUACGUACAUGUAGGGUAGUUGAAAAACACGCAUAAUUCUAUUCAAAACAAAAAUUAGCCAACGAAGUAGACAUUAAGUCGGAAGGAAUCAUCACACAGCAGCACCCAAAACGAGAAAUAUGACACACACACACACACAUACACACUUACAGGUUAAUCAUAAAUUUAAUAUUUAAUGUUUAAGUUUAAAUUUAGGACAGGUGCUUUGAUUGGCGUUUCGUUAGCGUAUGCCGAA